AGAGAAGAAGCACAUACGGUAACCAAGGAAGACAAUAGAGACGCUGGUCACUGCAUUGCAUCGCACUGCACUGACUGCUCUGUAUCGGCAGCCAUAGCUAGACUAUUGGUUGAUUGAGUAUUGUAUUGUGAUUGGUGUCAGCAACUUGCUUUUGGAAGAACUGGCUGACAAGCAACCAUCCUCAUAAGUUCAAUCAUUUCAUCCCAUUGAGCGCACAAGAGUUCAAGUUGGAAUUGAAUCUUCAAUCGAGGCUCUGAUCUCCUACGUACCGUAAUCGACGAGUACGAAGAGGAAGACCGGGUUCCUCAAGUUUGUGAGUGACGAAGUGAAGGAGACACAUCAAAAGGAGAUCCAGAACACCCAAGCUACUACGUCCUUCAGUAGAAGUGCUACAACAAUCCACAUCGCAUCACAUCACUUUGCAUCAGUCAUGAAAGAACGGGCAGCCAGUCCACAACGUCCUACUCCUGUUGGAGAUCCGUUUAAAACGCCUCCACCAUCUCCUCCUCGUCGUCAACCUGCACUACUUGACACUCCACCUCCUUCCUUGUCCCGAUCGAUCAGUGCUCCUCCCGAUCAACCUUAUUUUCCGCACAAUCGCGAUCGUUCUCCGCGACGCAACAAUCCCAGUACACGCAGUCGAACGCCUUCACCCGCCAGUGAUUCCGAAUGCGACCGUCAUGGCGCUCUUCUACGAGGUUGGACUACCGAUGACAGUGGCGCCCUGCAUCGACAAGAUGCCGCACGAUUUCCAACUCGCACGGGAAGUCUCAAACAGAGCAGUCCCAAAAAAGGACCCUCCAAAAGCAAAUUGCUACGGUCGUUUAGUGGUGGUAGCAAUCAGAGUAGUAGCAAAACCAGCGCGACAGAUAUGGAACGCAAUUCCUAUCAUCCUCGCAGCAUGUCGUCCUUGUUUCAUGUCAAUUUCAAAAAGUCACCCGAAUUGACUCAAAUUGAAGAAUUCGAACGCAUCGAUGCAUCCCUCAAAAAUGAACUCUGGUAUUUUGCCAAAGAGCUCAAAUAUUUAAUGGCAUCCGAAGUCGAACGCAAUCGCAAAUACGAAGAGGGUGAAUUGUCCGAACAGGAGAAUGCAAAAUCUGCGGCGGAUGAAGAAGAAUUGUGUUGUUGGAGAGGCCUAGAGCAUGUCUGGGAGGGAGACGAUCGAUCCAAUCGGAUACGACAAACCGUCGCCGGUAUUGUCCACUGGUAUCGGGAUGCCAAAGAAAUGGGAUACAACGAUCCCGAUGAAUUGCGGAUUGUCAGCAAGGCACGGACUAAAAACGAUCGUACCAAAGCACAGAAAAAAGCUUCCGCCGAUGCCCUGUACAUGAAGAAACUGCACAAACACGAACAACACGCUGCCAAUCCUUCCUCGUCGCACUCCCAUCACCAUUCGACAUCGUCCGGUCUUUCCCCCAAACGCAUGGCACGACGCAUUUCCAAAACAUUUGCGCCAUUGCCAAAAUUACAUUGGAGUCCCAAACCAAACAAAAAAACUACCUCUUUGACAGUGUAA